AUGAUAUAUAUUAUUUUAGGAAUACUCGCUCUAAUCUAUUUAAUAACACAGCCAUUACUAAUUGUUAUCUAUUUCAAAAUGAAAUAUGGGAAAAGAGUAAUAAUUCAAUACUAUCCAAUGUUGGGAUUGCUUCGUUCUUUAAGUCAAUCAAGAGUAAUAAAUGGAGAUGCAUUUGAAGCCUUUUCUGUACUGAUAAAAAAUAAUAGAUAAGCAGACAUAUUAGUUAGUAAUUUAUUAUUUCGACCAUUGAUAAUAUUCUUGAAACCAAAAUAUUAUCGAAUAAUUAUGCAAUAACAUUAAGAUUAUAGGAAAUUCCCCAUGAUAGUCGAUAAGAGAUUGGUAUCAAAAGGAAUGUUAAUGGAAGGGGGAUCAAAGUGGAAAUAGUAAAGAAACCUUUUAGGAGUUCAUUUUGAAUAUAACAAACUAAUUAAUCUAAUACCAAUGAUAAAUGAUGUGGCUUAAAAGAAAUUAAUAAAUUUACCAAACUCUAUAUUUCCAGCUAUGAAUUUAGCUUCUUCAAUAACAGGUGAAGUUGUACUUAGAGCAUUUUUUGGUGAGGAUAUUGCAAAAUUAAGCUUAAAUGGACAAGACCCAUCAUAAUGUGUUACUUAAUUAAUAACUAGAUUUGGAUAAUUAAUUACUGAAUCUCGAUUCUUUUAAAUUAAAAGAGCAUUAUUUGAAGAGAAAGUUUUUAGUUUAUUUCCAAGACAAAUAGAAAAAGAUCUUUAUGAGAUGAAUACUAUUAUGUUGGAUCAUAUGAAAAAGGCAAUAUAAAGUAGAAUGGAAAAAUUAAAGAAUUGUAAAAAUUUUGUUCAUCAAGAUUAUCUUGAUGUUUAUUUAGAUGUUUAUCUAAAUAAAAAUGAUUAAAUGAAUCCUCCAAUAACAGAAGAUGAAAUUUUAUAAUAAUCAAUUACAUUAUAUUUUGCAGGAACUGAAACUACAGCAAAUUUAGUAACUACAGCUUGUUAUUUCUUGGCUGAACAUUAAUAACUUUAGGAAGAAAUAUAUUAAGAAAUAAUUGAAGUAUUAAAUGGAGAAUAAACAAUUACAGCAAAGCAUUUACAAAAUCUUUAAAAAGUUACAGGAUUUUUGAUGGAAUGUCUUCGAUUAAAACCAGUUGCUCCUAUGUUAAUAUCUAAAUAGGCAUUAAAAGAUUUAUAUAUAGAGGAUAUAUUUAUAAAAAAAGGUACAAAUGUAUAUAAUAUUAAUUUUUAGGAUGGUAUGUCAAUUAUAUGGUUUUAUCUAAUGCUUAAAAUUAAGAAUUCUUUUAAAAUCCAAAAAAUAUUGAUAUUAAAAGAUGGAAAGCAGACGGAACUCUUAAAGAUUCAUCUAUAGAUCCAUUUGCUUUUGUACCUUUUUCUGCUGGAGGUAGAAAUUGCAUAGGAUAAUAUCUUGCUUUAAUUGAAAGCAAAAUUGUCAUAUCAAAAAUACUUUUAUUAUAUAGAUUGAAAUUAAAUGAAAAAAUCAUAAGAACUGAAUGGAUAGCUAAAAUUACUUAUGGUUUAUCAAAUCAGGAUUAUUUAACAUGGGAGAAAAGAUGA